CUGGCUUCUUUUGUAAGUACAAUAUCAAUCCCCUUCCUCACGAGCCCCUGCCCACGAAGGAUGAAGGACCAUUCUUGACAGAGGCUCACCACACUGUUCCACCAUUUGCAUUACUGCCUAUCUAUUCGACGCCCAAAGCCUGGUUGCUUUGCUGCCCUUUCCAUGGCCACGCAAAUGAGUCUUCCUCCUAGCCCUCUGAGAGCGUAAUUAACCGGCAGGUUGGACAAGCAUCCGUGGCUCCAAGACAGGCGAUCCUGGUCGAUCGCUUAUGCUUCGGCCUCUGCAAUGAUUUUUUAAAAACGUGGCCGCUCCUGCUCCUGGCCAGCUGCGGAUCUUGACGCAUUCGACCCGUGCUUGUGUUGUUCACGGCUAACAUCAGCUUCUUCAGUAUCACAAUCCGCUUAGUACAAUUUCAACUCACUCCGUUGUCACUUUCUGCUCCCGCUGUCUCGGCAGGUCUCGCCGCCGUCAGAGCUGAGACCUAUUGCUCCACCCCAGCGCCGCCGCACCCUAGGCCAAUCUUUACCACUCGACUGUUUCGAUCAAAUCUCUGAGGAACGGCAAUUGCCAAUCUACUGGAUUCCUUGUCCCUCAACCGAUCCAAACCCGGGCUUCUGCACCAAGAAUCCUUUCUUGAUUUGCAGAUAAAGCUACGACUCACGCGAUUGAGACCAUGUCUACUCGAAGUAUGGACCCGUACUACGAGUCACGUCACCAUCGCCAGACAUCGUCCUGGGCGCCAUCACAAUAUUCGGAUAUGCUGCAGUCUUACGAACCACAACCGCGCCCUCAAUACGCAUCUCUGCCGCAAUUGACACCCUCGAGACCGAAUUCCAGCUUGCCGCCCUUGCGUGAUCUGACCAUUGGUCCCGAUCCAAACUACCCUCCUCCGGCAGGAAUAUACUCACAUUCUUAUGCACCGUCGGGGUCAACAAGCACUUCGAUCGAAUCUGGAUCUUAUCCAAAUGAUCGGGCAUAUUACGAAACGAACCAAAGGUACGGGCAAGAUCAUCCACCGACGAAUCGACCACAGCCACCGCCGGUAUCGCCGGAUUACUAUCGAUACCCUUCGGGCACCAUCCCGUAUCAAGCCCCGUCCUAUGGAUCAAUAGAUUACUCCAACGGAUCAUUGAUCUCACCACACCCAUCAUCGCCAUCAAUAACCGACGCAGAUAGCAGAAACAGGAGACGAAGGGGCAACCUGCCUAAACCUAUAACCGAUAUCCUUCGGACAUGGUUCCAUGAUCAUCUGGAUCAUCCAUACCCGACUGAGGAGGACAAGCAAGCCUUUGUGUCUCAAACAGGACUCACUAUGAACCAGGUUAGUAAUUGGUUUAUCAAUGCCCGGAGGCGGCAAUUACCAGCUCUACGGCAAGCUCGUGACCGAGUCGCCCAGCCUGCGACGGCGGACUAUGACUCGGACCAACUACAUCGAGCUCAUCACCAUCACCACCUUCACAGGCACCACUAGAGCCAUGUGCUUGUCCGUAAGCCAGCCUGAGAAGGUGGCCUGCGGUACAAUUUUCGGGUUUCCGUUGUCUUGACGGAACAGUUCUAUUCCACGACCGAUUCUUGGGUUUACGACUUUGCUACAUGAUUUUUGUCAUCUACGCUUGGCUAGGGGAGGGGAGGGGCCCUACUUAGUGCUCGGGGUCACGACUUUCCGAGUCCAGUGAGGAUUGCAAGCGACCGGGGCUCUUUGUUCUUACUGGACACGUGAGGGAUUACUGCAUUGGGAUUCGGGGUACACAUCUUUGGGCGAUCAGAUAGCCGGCCAUAAAACGUUUUUGCUAGUCAGACGUGACCUUGAGUCAAAUCAUUAUGGAAUCUCGGUCCGAACACCGUCUAGUAUGGUGCCUGUCUGGUCUCUGUCUGUGGUGGCCUGCCAACCAGGACCCUGACUAUCUCUGCAGACUGGGGAUUCGCGUCCUGAGUGCAGCGCAGGAGCAGGCAGAGCAGGCAUGGUGGUCCACCCCCGCCUACCUCCGUAGAUCUACCCAAAGGCCACUCAUACUAGCUGCGGACCCACGGCCGAAGGGCCAAGGCAUGUCAUCUGGGGUGAUUGCUCAGGGACGAUUGAUCAUCCGUGACAAUCAGUGGCACGGGGAUGGCACGUUGUCUGGCAGCAAUGACGCAGCACUGGGGGAAUUUAAUGCCUUGUCAUGGUCACCGAGAUUGUGACAUUUCUUCAUCGGUGAUACGCAUCGUUCGCCGGCCCCUCUUGUUGGCGUGGACCACUCAGGCUUGGCUUGAAUGACGGAUUUCGGAGAUGGGCCUCCAAAACAAGUGUACAGGUGUCCCCAAACUAAGUAGUAAAGAAGGCCGCAGCAGCCUUGACUUUGCUAUUAUGGCCGAUCUAAAAUGUGGAAAAGGUAUCGAGUGGACGCACGGGGCUAAAGUGACUGUUUGUCUUGGCUUUCCCUUCGUGGAAUUUAUUUGGGGUCAUUGCAUCUGACUACGACCGCCGUCAAUGAUAGUUGAUUUUACUAGAAUCCGUCAGCAGUACUAUCGAGCAUGUGUGUGGUCAGAUGAUGAAGGAUCAGGCUACAGAUAUUCAACUCACUUGAAAGUAAUGGUUAGUGUGGUUGCGCUAUUGGCAACACAUGUUAAACCGGUCGAGCUAGUCUCGGUUUCACGGCAAUCGUGUGAAGGAAGCGAGCUGUUGACCCCAGG